AGAACUUGGAGGGAUAAUCUCACAUGGAGGAUUUGUUGUUGUUCCUCUUUAAUUCAAAAAGAAAGAAGACGGUGAAGGAGAAGUUCAGCUCGUUAAGAAACUACGUCAAGUUAAAGGUGAAGUGACGGUAGGAUUGGGUUCUGUUUGUUCACAUUUCAGAUCACAAAUUGGGAUUUUUUUUUUCUUUAAAUGGAACUCCAAAAUCCCAACUGAGGAAACCCUGUUGCAUGUGAGAGGAUUUUCCAAGGUUUCUCAGCCACAUUUUCUGAAGUUUUUAUACACACUAUCCCUUUAAUGGGCCAUCGACCCACUUGGCUUUUCAACAGGGUAUUAUUUUUUGUUCGCUUCCAAGCAGUCGUCCAUGGCCACGCUUGACGUUGAGUAUCAUCAAAGGCUCUCUAAGCAUUGAAUUGAGAGGACCCAUUUCCAGAUUGAAGCUAGAAAAUCGCCAUGUUCCCUCUUUUUGAUUUUAGAGAUGUUCAAGAGAAGCUCUCCGCUCAGUUCAGACCUUGGGAACGUUCUUUUCAAUUCUGGGUUCGUGUUGCAGACAUCUAUACUGGUUACAAGGUGCUUCAACUACGGGUGAAAUUCGAGAAGGAUGUGGAGAAACAGGAGACAAUGUGGGAGAAUCAGCAUGAACAUGCAGCUGAGAAGAUAUAUGCUAUGUGCUCCGAAAUGGGUGGUUUCUUCCUUAAGGUUGCUCAAGUUAUUGGGAAGCCGGAUUUGGCCCCAGCUGCAUGGGUGAAGAGGCUUGUUACACUGUGUGAUCAAGCACCAGCAACGCCUUUUGAUGUUGUUCAACGUGUGGUGGAGAAGGAACUGCACCGAAGUCUUGGUGAUGUCUUUGAAACAUUUGAUCCUGACCCUCUUGGUUCGGCUUCGAUUGCUCAGGUUCACAGAGCUAGGCUAAAGGGUGACAGGGAUGACGUUGUGGUCAAGGUGCAACAUCCGGGAACUGAGGAUCUAAUGAUGACAGAUAUCCGUAAUUUGCAAGCCUUUGCCUUAUACAUGCAAAAGACAGAUAUCAAAUUCGAUCUAUAUUCUGUAACUAAGGAAAUAGAGAAACAGAUUGGUUACGAAUUUGAUUUUGAGAGGGAGGCCAAUGCUAUUGAAAGGAUCCGGCAUUUUCUAUAUAGCAACAACAAGAAGAGCCCGGUAUUGGUGCCACAAGUGAUGAAGAAUAUUGUUACCAGGAGGGUGUUGGUGAUGGAAUAUAUUGAUGGAAUCCCAAUCCUCAAUCUUGGUGAUGAAAUGGCAAAGAGAGGCAUAGAUGCUAGUGGCAGAAUUGCUUUAGCAGCAAAGCAGAGAAUUCUUAGUAGUUUGACGAUGGCAUAUGGGCAAAUGAUUUUGAAGAGUGGUUUCUUCCAUGCAGAUCCUCAUCCAGGAAAUAUAUUGAUCUGUAAAGGCUCAGAGGUAGCAUUGCUUGAUUACGGGCAAGUGAAGGAUCUUCCUGACCAGUUGAGGCUUGGCUAUGCUAAACUUGUUAUGGAUAUUGCAGAUGGUGACGCCUCAAGAACAGCUGAAACCUUCAGGGAGCUUGGGAUAGAUACAAUAAGCAAUUGUGAAAACGCACAAGAAGAACUAUUUAAGUUGGCUCAGGUAAUGUUUGACACAAGGUUACCCCCCGGGAAGGUGUUGAUGCAACCUUUCGCAGAGGACUCUUCAAUAAAGAAAGUUGGUGUUCAGUCGUUUCCAGAGGAACUCUUUUCCAUACUUCGGACAAUCCAAAUCCUUAGAGGAUUAAGUGUUGGUCUCGGGAUCAAUUAUUCGUGCUCCGAACAAUGGCGACCCAUUGCAGAAGAAGCUUUGUUGCUUUCUGGUAGGCUAGAAGGUAGGAAAAUGAAAACAACCCACAAACGUGGAUUCUUAAAGAGAUUGUUUUCAAGAUCAAGCUGAUUUGUUCGUGACAAGAUUCAGCAAUAGAUAUGAAUCAAUCUGGGUGCAUCUAAUUGGUGACAGAUGCAUCGACAGUUUUUUAUACAUCGAUGGAAAUAAAUAUUCAAAUUCACCUUCUUCGUCGUCAUUCUUUAACAGCCACAAGCUCCAUGGUAGGUUUUUCAAGGUGCAGCAGCCUUUGUUUGGUAUUUUCUACCUUUUCCUUUCUGAGAGAUGAGUAGUAGGAGAAUGGCUUGAUUCUUGAAUUCCAUGUUUUUCUGAAAUUGAGAGGUACACCGUUUCACUCUUUUUCAUCUCAAGUUCUUCCUCACACAAACUCAUCUAUGAUUAGUUCAAGUUGCAGUUCAACUGUGUUUGUUAUUUCUCCUCAAUUCAAUGUUCCAUGGCAGCCUGUUCCAUCUUUUUCCUUUAAAAA